AUGUUAGAUGUACUCUACAAGGCUACUAAGUACAUGAAUGCGAAAGAUGCACUGCUAGCUCACGAGGAGAAGCCUAAAAAGAGAGAAAGACAGAAGGAAGUCCGGCAGGAAAAAGGGCAAAAGAUGGCCAGAACAGGAGAUAGAAUGGAGGACAGACGCUCCAAGCCCCCUACAGGAAGGUUCACGAACUUCACCCCACCGAACACCCCGAUUGAUCAAGUACUGAUGCGAAUCAAGGACGAAAGGGCUUUGACAUUCCCUGGCAAGUUGAAGAGAGAUCUCAACAAAAGGUCUAGGGAUAAGGACUGCCAUUUCCACUAUGAUCACGGCCACAACACGUCAGAAUGCUAUGAUUUGAAGCAGCAGAUAGAAGCUCUCAUCAGGCAAGGGAAGCUACAAAGAUUCGUUAGUAAGGAAGGGACAAAGCAAUCCCAAGGACUGCUCACCUGGAGAGAAAACGAGCACUCUAGGCCACCCUUGGGAGACAUAAGGAUGAUUGUGGGGGGCAGUACGGCUUCUAAUUCUUCCAAGAAGGCACGCAAGACAUACCUACAAAUGGUUCAAAACGUCCAGCCGACGGGGUACGUCCCAAAGAUGGCACAAAUCGACAACCCUGUAAUUGGAUUCAUGGAGGAAGAUGCCCGAUGUUUCCAUCACCCACAUGACGAUGCGCUUGUAGUCAGCAUAUGUGUAGAAGAUUAUAAUACCCACUGGGUCCUUGUGGACAACAAGAACUCUGCUGAUAUCCUAUAUUAUCCAGCAUUUCAGCAAAUGAGAAUAGAGAGAAAACGGUUAAUUCCUACCGACGCACCACUUGUAGGAUUUGGAGGAACAAGGGUGCAUCCCCUAUGA